CAUCUCUCUGUCAAGAAACCACAAUUGCAACAAAAAUUUGCUCUAAUUGGAAAAAAGAAAACAAGAAAAAAUGGUAGAAUCAGUUGCAAAUGUGUUUCUCCAAAGCCUCGACGAUUUGCUCGUCGAAGAAAUCGAGCAUUUGGUGGGCGCGAGCGAUGAAGCAGAGCAAGCAAAGAAAGAUCUUCGAAACAUCCAUUCAUUGUUGAUGAAAGCCGACAGCAGCAGACACGAUUCUCCCACUCUAAAGGAUCACAUCACCCAACUAAAAAAUCUUGCUUCCAAAGCUGAGAAUGUUCUAGAAACAUCCUAUGCCGUGAAAGCCGCAUUCAACCAAGAAGCCGAUCAUAUGGAAAAGCUCCAAAGAUACAUUUGCGUAUUGCGCGAGCUCUACAGCGUCGACAAGGUCAGGAGAGACACCCGGGACAUAAUAUCCGGCCUCUCCUAUCUCACCAACAGCCUAGUCAUGGAGUUGGGACGUGAAACCGAAGCCUCAUCGCUUUCGACUGCAAUGUCUCUUGAUCAUCCUUUUGUGGGGAUGGAGAAGGACAUAGAGCUUUUACUCUCCAUGAUCAAGGAUGAAUCCACGAGGCAACGAGUGGUGAAGAUAUCCGGGAUGAGCGGUCUUGGAAAGACGAGCCUUGCUAGAAGGAUUUACAACCAUGCUGACCUCCACUCUUAUGUUCGAGCAUGGGUGUGCAUCCACCGAGACUUUCAGCCUAGGGCCGUCUUGGCCGAGAUUUUGAAGCAACUUGAUCCCAACUCGUAUGGACACGAUAGCAAGGAGGUUGAUUAUUUGGUACGACAAAUUUACAAAUUUGUGGAGAAGAGGAAGAGUCUGGUUGUGAUCGAUGAUAUUUGGAAAAACGAUGGUUGGGAGAUCAUGAGGGAGGCUUUUCCGAUUAAUUGUAACGUGUUCCUCAUCACUUGCUCUGAGAGUGUUGGUAGUGAAGAAUGUGAUCAUCUUUACAAGCUGGGAGUUAUGACAGAAGAUGAAGGGUGGGAACUACUGAAGAGAAUAGCACUUCCCCAAGAUUUUGGUUCAGCUGAAACAUUGGAAAAUAUUGGAAGAGAAAUUGUGGUAAAAUGUGGCCUGUUACCACUAGCAAUUUCUGUCAUUGGAGGAAUUUUGCUCCACAAAAAAGGAGACAUUUUGGCAGAAUGGAAGAAGGUGAAUAUGAAUUUGAAUCGUGUAGAAGGUGUUGAAGAAUACAAAAGAGUAAAACAUGUGUUGGAGUUGAGCUAUGAUGCCUUGCCUUAUUACUUGAAACCAUGCUUCCUCUAUUUAGCAUGCUUCCCUGAGCAUGAAGAGAUUAAAACAGAUAGAUUGUAUUUAAUGUGGAUGGCUGAAGGCUUCAUUUCACACCACGAUAAAGGCCCUAACGAGACUCUAAGAGACGUGGCCGAGAGAUAUCUAGCUGAACUUGCUACAAGGCAUAUGGUUCAAGUGCAGAAAGGAGAUUCUCCACUUCACAAGUUUGAUUCGUGCCAACUACAUGAGUUGAUGCUAGAGCUCUGCUCAUCAAAGGUUGAAGAAGAAAAGCUCUUCAAACACAUUGACACAACUUCAACAAUUUUCAAUCUGAUAAGCAGAGUUAGAUCCUUUAUGCCUCUCAGUAAGGGUGGCCUUUCUUUCCAAAGAAUUGGCUCCGAAGAUAGGACGAUUGGUUCUGAACAGACAUUGCAUAGUUCAAGGAUACUUAAGUUUACGGGAGAUAAGUUACCAAGCAAGGUGGGUAAACUAAUCCUUUUGAGAUACUUGAGUUUGAUGGAUUCCGGUGUGAGAGAGCUACCAAAGUUCGUAUGCAACAUGCCAUACCUGCAGACUUUAGAACUGCGAGCAUGGGGUGCUGUUCUUAGAUUGCCAAAUGUGUUAUGGAAGAUGAAAAGACUAAAGCAUUUGUUUCUCCCAAGGGAUAUACAAGUGAUUAAAGUAGAGAAACCAAGGCUAGGCUGGCUAGAAGUGACUGAAAGGGAGAAACUAAGACUAGAUGGUCUAGACGAGCUGGAGACAUUGCAACAAAUCGACAGCAAGACUGUUCGGGUGAAAGACAUCCUCAAACUGAACAGCCUAAAGGAAGUAUUUGCUACAGUUCAUGAUAUGGAUAGCUUGUCAGCAAUCAUCCAGCAGAAGAGCAUAUCAUCGUUGCAUCUCGUUGUUAACCACUGUGAUCUCAGCUCGGAUGUUUUAAAGAACACGUUGAUGUGUCCUUCAUUAGUAAGCUUGGAAUUGUACACGUGCAAAGUCGUUGGCGCUGGCUUCCCAUGCUACGAGGAAGGGAUGGCUGAGAAUGUAGUCGAUUUGAAUAUCCGGUAUUGCAAGGUUGAGGGAGACUUGAUGUUGGAGUUGGGCAAGUUUCCGCGGCUGCAGAGUCUGUGGCUGCAAGGGAGGGAGGUGGGGAGGAUGGACCCAAGGUGA